GUCCAUGCUGAAAAAGAAAACUACUGGGGCUCUAUACGCUGGAGUGAUGAGACCAAGAUAAAUGUUUUCGGAACUGAUGGCUUCAAGCCUGUAUGGUGUUGCAAAGGUGAGGAGUACAAGAAAAUGCAUGGUGCCUACAGUGAAACAUGGUGUCCUUCUGUGGGGCUGCAUGAGUGCUGCUGGUGUUGGGGAGAUGCAUUUCAUUGAUGGUAUUAUGAAUUCACAGAUGUACUGCUCUAUAUUGAAAGAGAAAUUUUCUAACAUGACAAUAAUCCAAAACACACAUCUAAGGCCACUGUUAUGUUUCUGA